CCGCCCCUCUCCGAGCAUGCCGGCCUUCCCGGCCUUCGCCAGGCACUCCCACGCCACGGCGCCCACUCCGCCGGGGAAGCACGCCGCCGAGUCCCGCCUCGGGCCAGAACACAUGGGGCACCGCCACCAUCCUCCUCCUCAGCAUUCUCCUCAGCAUCGCCCCGCGGCCCUUAAGCUCGGCCCUGCCCCUCAGCCCCAUCACCAGCUCCACCACCACUAUCAUCAUCAUCAUCAUCAUCCUCAUCAUCCGGCAGGCCAAGCCCAGGUGGUCUCUAGUCAAACAGGAGCGUUUGGCCCGGCGCAGUCACCAGCAGUCCCCUACCCCGUCUCUCACACAGCUCAGGCUCUGGCAGCAGGUAGGGACUUCUUCAUACACAGACACCUGCCGGCCCCACUCAUGCCAGGGCUGACCGAGCAGCACCCCGCUGCAAGUUCUCACCACGGACUGUUUGUCUCAACAACAGGUAGCUACCCCGGACACCAUGGUCACCACCAGCACCACCACUCAGAAGCUGGGAAUCCCUCUCUGUUCACUGGACUCCAUGAGCAGCCUCCCCAUGCAGCUCCAGGUGGCCAUCUAAACGGACAGAUAAGACUGGGGUUACCUGGAGAAAUGUACGCCAGGUCUGAACAUUUCACUCAAGUACCAGCCUCCAGGACAGAUCCUUUUGCUGCUUCUUCGCUUCAUAGCUACAGUGGCAUGAAUCUGAACGUGAACCUGGCUCCACACCACGGCCCGGGGGCCUUCUUUCGUUACAUGAGGCAGCCCAUCAAACAGGAACUCAUCUGUAAGUGGAUUGAGUUGGACCAGACUCCCAAAAAACUAUGCUCGAAAACUUUCAGCACGAUGCACGAGCUGGUGACUCAUGUCACCGUGGAGCACGUUGGAGGACCCGAGCAGUCCAAUCACAUAUGUUUCUGGGAAGAGUGUCCAAGAGAAGGGAAGCCUUUCAAGGCCAAAUACAAACUUGUAAAUCACAUCAGAGUCCACACAGGUGAAAAACCUUUCCCCUGCCCUUUCCCAGGCUGUGGUAAAGUGUUUGCCAGAUCAGAGAAUCUCAAAAUACACAAAAGAACUCAUACAGGGGAGAAGCCGUUCAAAUGCGAAUUCGAGGGCUGCGACAGACGCUUCGCCAACAGCAGUGACAGGAAGAAGCACUCGCACGUCCACACCAGCGACAAGCCCUACAACUGCAAAGUGAGAGGCUGCGACAAGUCCUACACCCACCCCAGCUCACUGAGAAAACACAUGAAAGUGCAUUGCAAAUCCCCUCCUCCCAGCUCCGGCUACGAGUCCUCCACACCCUCCUUGGUGUCCCCCUCCUCGGACUCCGGCCGGGAGCCCCCCGCCUCGUGUUCCCACGCCGAGCCCUCCGCACCCGCGCCGCCCGCCGCCAACCUGAGCGAAUGAUGUCUACCCCGUUGCUCUCAAGGUAAUCUAGAUAGACGCAGCUGAAAGCCUGAAUCUUAUGCCUUAGACAUCAAAGAAAGCUCGCACAAAGAAGUAUUUCUUCACAACGGUGAAUCUUCAUGGUAAGUUAGGAUUUCUAUGGCAAUAGGCAAGUCAUACUUAAACAGUGAAAGGCGAAGUCCGGAGCCCGUCCAGUCUUUUCAUUAAGGACAUAAUAUUUACGUCUAACAGUCCCUUUUUCUUGUGUAUACAAGUACAUAUUUUUGUUUGACGCGAACUAAAUCAUUUUCAUUUAAUUUCCGGUAAACAAAACCCACGCGAACAGGGCACUUGUUCCAGAUCAUAAUAAAAAUGGGUAAGAAUGUCAGGAAGAAAAGGUCUGCAUGAACUGUCGCCUCAGCUCAGUUUUGUUUCUGCUUUCUGCCGGGAUCAGAGAAUGCGUUUGGGAUUUGAGGGCGAGUUUCUAAAGGCAAGGAAAUGGUUUUUAAGGGGGAAAAGAAAAGGAGAAAGGUCUAACCAAGCUCGGGUUGUUCAAAGGGCCUGAUUUUGGGGUUGAAAGUGUGAGUUUUAUGGUGCAUCAGCAUGCCACGUUAGGAUCGCUAUGGUAAUGAGGAGAGCAAUAGCAAGCGGCCUUCAAAGGAGGCACACUCCAUUUGAGACAGUCUAUUAAGAUACAUUUGCACUGACCUUUGCUUUCAUGCUAGCUUAAUACACUCAAUCUGCCCCUCGCUACGGACAUCCUUCCUCCACCCCCGGCCCUUCGGCGGGGUUGCGGCCCGCUGGGCUUCACCCUCACCCCGAGGCGGGCUCCGCAGCCUCCAGCCCUGGCCGAAGGGAGGCUGCGGCUCCGGCCUCGCUCGCCGCCAGCCCCCGGCCAAAAAACUCGGCCCCGGAGCCCCCGGCCGCGCACCCCUCGGCCCCGGCCCUCCCGAAGGGAGGUAGGACAAGAAACGAAGUCCCCCCGGGCCGCCCCCGACCCCCCGAGGAUCUCGGAGCUCGGCAGCUGCCCUGGAAUCCCCGGAGGCCCGCGCAGCCUCCACAGGGCGCGGAACUUGACACCCGGCCGGGGCCAUGGGCGCUGGGCCAUGGGCCCGGGAAAGUUAGAAGUCCAUGUUCCAGUAAUUGUCUUGUUGUUUAUUUUAUCCAAGUACCCCAGUGAAUAGGGGAAAAAUAAACACGAUGAAAAAAAAUUCAAACAGUUGAGUCGUCUUUAGUGCCAGCCCUUGUGGUUGAAUAAAAAGGAUGGUCCAAUUUCUAUUGAGCUGAGAAAUCUUUGAAGUGGGAGUUAUUAUCUGAGAAAUUCCUGCUCGUCGUCCUAACAACGCUGAUGAAACGUAAAAGGUUCUUUGUCAGCGAUUUGUUCUCCUCUCUGUCAAAUUCACCCUGCCCGUUAGCUUUAAAGCGUUUCUAAAGAGAUAAAAUCAAACUUUUAAAGAUAACUUUAAGGGCCCAGAGGGUGCAGAAAAUACCAAACUAUCGAAUGCUGUGUAUAGACAUAGAUCUGGAUAUAUGUGUCCGUGUCUGUGUGAAACUGUCUGUGUACAGAAGUCCGUAGAGGUCUGUAUGUCCUUACAGCUGGAAAGUUGAAAUGAUGUCCAUUUUUGCAUUUUAUCCUCUGAACUUUUCUGUCUAAUAAAUUAUUCCUACACAUAUGCUGCACAGAAUGCAGCUCUUGGGGGAGGCAGAACUGUUGAGUUUCAUUGCCACCAGAAUGUGACCAACAAACGUUUUCUUUCCAGUAGAAUGAAAGCAACAGCACACACAUAAGAGUAAAGGCUUUGAUCGUUUUAACAGUCCGAAUACCUAUUAAGCAUGUAUAUACUGCAAUGUAUCGAAGUUAUUAACGCAUUCAAAGCGAUGGCUUCCAUAUGCUCCCAUGUUUUAUUGUCUGUAAGUGUAAAGAUAGUCAAACUAUAUCUCUUUUGUAUCUUUAUUUUAUAAACAUCACCGUGUGGACUGAAACCAUUCAUUUCUAAGAGCUUAUUUAGGAGUUUCUCUUUGGAGAUCAUUAAAUGCUCUGUUUGUAAAACGAAUUACUUGACCUUGUAACUCAUCAGUGUACUUCUAUUUUAGUUGCUACAGAAUGAUCUGAGCCCAAUCCUGCCAUUCUAAGCAACCCCAUUAAUUUAAUGGGACUUUUCCUGAGUAAAGACUGAGUCAAACUGCAGUGGAGUGGGUAUUAUUAUUAUUACUAUUAUUGUUAUUAUUAAUCCUGGAUCUUGUCAUAUUUAUAGAAAAAUCUACCACAUGUGAACUGUACAGAGAAGAAACGUCUCUGAAAAUGUAGCUCGCAAAUAACUUUUGCAAUGUUGAUAUGCUGUAUAUCUUUUCAGACUAUGUUCCAUAUUUUCCUUCAUCACAUGUUUGGUAAUGAAGGAACUUACUGUUGUGUGUUUGAACAUACUAUUUAUUUUUAAUAUUUGGAUUUUUUUACAAUAAAUAUUUAUUAACCUAUCAUUUCUAUUGUUAUUUUUACAA